AGGCCCUACACCUUCACCUCUUGCUACACCUCUCUCUUUAUUAAAUCAAAAAAUGAAAUCUGGUUUACCCCUAUCAGAUAUCCAAAUAACAUCAUCGCAUGAAAUCGAAACAACAACUGUGAGAAAAACAAAACCCAAUCCACAAGUAGAUCUUCAAACCCAGGUCCCAGGGCCAGAAAUCUUAGCUAUACAACCAAAGAAUAUAGAAAUAGAUACUAAAUCCAAUACUACAAUAGAAUCAAACCCAGAAUUUCCUAUAGCAAGGUAG